AUGAAGUCGAUACUCGCCGCUCUCCUGUUCCUUCGCCUGGGGGGCUGCAGGCAAUACGCCGGCAUCGACAACUUCGGAGGCUUCGACGAUCCACAAUUCGCCAUCGCCAGUCGCAAUCCAGACGCAAGUGCUUCAGCCCAGUUCGGCAAUAGCCAGGACUUCACUCUUCGCCUCAACAGCACCAGAGUCAACGUCCCCGAUGCCACGGACAGCAACGGAGCUCCCAUCGAAGGAGCAUACAUCGUCGCCACGAGUCUCGAUAUCACCUCGCCUCAGGAUGCUGGCUUGAACACAGAGGCGACCGAGAGUACCGCGAACAAGACCUCGAACAGCGGUCUGCUAUGUGCCGGUAUCGUGUCCGCUGCUUUCCCAUACAGCGUGCUAGCUGGAUACGAUGCGAGUCGGCCAGGAGACUGCACUGGCCCUUUCGGCAAGGCUUGCGCAGCUGCGAUGCUCUCUGCGAUGACACUUUCCUCGUCAAAUUCGAGCUCAUGCCCGAACCCGGGUGCCAUUCUUGAUCUCGAGGAGUGUAAAGACGUCGUCCGCGCCGACGAGGGUUUGGUCAGUGCGAGGAGUCUUCGUCUCAGCGGUUUCUCGAACAGCACAACCCCAGCAUAUCAAGAAGGUGAAGUCAUGUUCGGACGCCAGUCACUGCCGCUCUCUGCCAGUGAAAGAGCCGAGGGGGAGGCUGAGAAGCAUCGGCUCAAGCUCGCCUUCAUCACGACUCUUGAGUACAGUCCUGGUGGCGGGGGACACAGUGCGGUGUUUCCGGUGUGUCUGACGGCAAACCCGGUCAAGCAGAGCUCGAAUGGCACCGCUGGUACGUCAAACAGCCCUGGGGUAGCUGGACCCACGGCGAUGGCGGCAGUGGGAGCCAUUGCAGCAGCGGGUCUUGGGUUUGCGAUGAACAUGGCUUGA